UGCCGUUUCGUCUCUAUUCGCAAAAACAACAAUCAGUGACGACAUUGCUAUUUUUGUUUUGAGUUUCACCAUAGCUGCAAGAAAUGUCGGAUCUCGCUUACCUAGACACGUUGUCGAACAAGGAGCUGCUUGCCAAAUGCCUGGAGCACGGCCUACCCGGCGUCCCCGUGACGGGCAGCACACGAAACGUCAUCGUGCGCCGGCUGAAAGCUGAGAUUUCUGGAACACCGCUGAACAAGAGCAAAUCCGCAAGUAAGAAGUCGACGCCCAGACGUGAAACCGUACACGGCAGCCAGAUGUCUACGCCCACGUCGGAGCCAGUGCGUCGUACACUUGGCCGUAGUGCAGGUCGCAUCAAUAGCAGCGGCAACCAGAUCACCGAGCAGGGUCGUCGCACCAUAGCCUACGGUCUGGACAACACCUCGAUCUCCGGAAGAUCCGUGCAGACCACCACCACAGUCUCGGAUGUGGGCUCCCAGUCCGAGGACGAUGACUACUACAUGGUGGAUGCACCGGUUGUGAGGUACCAUGCCAAGCAAACGCCACCCAGGGAGGAUAAGCAGCUUCGACGCUCUGUUUCGCUCACCAAAUCCGGAGUGCUGACCACAUCCUACACUCGCGAAGUGGAGCAACCGCAGUGCGAGCAGGAGGACAUACCACGAAGCCACACCUACGAAAGGCCACAUGUGCCAGCCGCUCCUCUUCACUCACUUCCCACAUAUGAACCACGCAUCGAAUCCCCGACGUACAGACGCACAGAUUUGGGAUUCUCGCGUCCGCUGCUGACCCAAACCAACUUGAACUCCACCAGUUACCAGGAGGCAUCGGGAUUCAACCCAUCGCUCUCGCCCGUUUCACCAAGAAACACGUUCAGCGGAUCGGCCAGGCCUUUUGGUGGCCCAGCACCAGCUCCCCUACUUCCUCGCCAGCGCCAGACUGUUACGACCGGUGGACACAACUUGGCCCGUGGUCUUCUGGUUCAGCCCACCACCUCAGUGAACACCCUUUAUCCGCAACUAAAUCAGUUCUACGACCAGCCAGACAACGCAGGCGAACCCAUGGACACGGAGAGCGAAUCCGAGGUGGAGGAAGCACCAAUCCGGAGAAGCCAUAUCCCAAACACACGAUCGUCGCCUCUGGCCAGGAAACCUCUUUUGAGACAUCAGGAUCAGGUGUCGCCCAUGUCGCAGUUCCGUGCGCUGGCUGUAUCGCUGGAUCAAAAAUAUAAUCUCAAGUUCUACUUCAUACUAGUAGUGACGGUGAUGUUGGCCACAAUGGUGUAUGUUGUUUUGACACCCAACGCUUAAGUCUAAGCAUUUUUUACUUGAUAGCAUCGGAGCUUUUUGCAUUUGGUUUUGGUUACUACACUCAUAUUGAAGUCAGACAUCAGCGAAGAUUUUUCAUCUAGACUUCACACCUAAAGACUACUUUAAAUUCCAAAAAUGUUCGCAGUUCACA